GUAUGAAAAAUUUAGAAUCACAAACUCAAUUGAGAAGUUUUACGAAAGUCUUACAACUUAUCUAAGAAAAUUAGAAAUAAAAGUAAGAGUCUGUUGAGAAUGUUAUAAUGAUUAGUAUCAAACUGAUCGAAUAGCUCUAAAAAGAUCUUUAUUAAUUAAAAUCUAAUGUUGUUCAAUAAUUAGAUUAUUUAAAUGAAAAUGUUAAUGAAUGGAUCAAACAGGUACUAAUAAUUGGAUAAUAAAAUGUUACUUAUAGUUUUUAUGAUGAAUUGGACAAAUUAAUUAAUUAAAAAAAAUUAGAUGAAUUCAAUGAAAAAUUAUUGAUUGAUCAAAUAAAUAAAAUUAAUUAAUCAUGGAAUCAAAAAUUUAAUAAGAAAUUAAUUUUAUUUAAAUAAUUUAAAGAAAGUCAGAAAUGUGAAGAAAUCUUAUAAAAGUUAGGAAAUAUUAAUGAGAUAAAUAUAAGAGAGUAAAUAAUGAAUGAAGUAAACUAUUUAAUUUAUAAUCUAGAUAUAAUUACAAUUGAUUUAAGAUGACAAUGAAUAGAACUAAUUUUCAUAAUAAUUGAUGAUGUAUAAAUAAGUUUAAUUUAAAUUAAUUGAUGAUUCAAAUCAAUAGAUUGGAUAUUGUUAAGCAAUAGUAUUCAAUAAAGAUGGAUCAAUUAUGGUUUCAAGUAAUAAUUGUGAGAUCAGAAUUUGGAAUUUUGAAUAAGGAAGAUUUAAAUUAUCUAAUUCUUAUAAUAAACAUACAAAUCCUGUUUAUUGUAUGGUGUAUAGUAAAUAGAAAAAUAGCUUUAUUUCUGGAGGUGGUUUACAAGAAAUUUUCUGUUGGCAAUAAAUUAACAAAAAUGAGUGGAAGUGUUCAUAACCAUUCAAAUAACAUAAAGAUUAAGUUUAUUGUUUAAUAUUAAAUAAAUAGGAGGAUCAACUUAUUUCAGGAGGUUUAGAUUGUAGAAUAAUUGUAUGGUAAGUAGAUUUUAUAAAAAAUGAUCUGACUUUUUUGUAUUCUCUAGAUAAACACAGUAAUAUUGUAUUUUCAAUCAGUUUAAAUUAAUCUGAAACUGUAUUGGCAUCAUGUGGGUAUCAUGAAUUGAUAAUAUGGGGGAAAGAAUCAUAAGGAAAAUGGGAAUUCAAAUAUAAAUAAAGUGUUUCAGCAGGAUAGAAAAUCCAUUUUAUUAAUAAUCAACAAUUUCUUUGGGUACCUUUAGAUAAGUAAAUUGAUGAUCUUUUGGAAUUUGAAUUAUAGAAUGGAGUUUUUAAACAGAAUUAAGAUAAAACAAUCACUUUAAUUAAGAAUCAUGAAUGCGAAGAUUGUGUAUUUUUUCCAAUUAUACAUAAUAAAGAUAGAAAUGUGAUAUUGAUAAGACACAAACAUCAUAUCUAUUUGAUUAGACAAUUAAACGAUGGCAAAUUUAAAAUUCUAGCAUCAAUAAAUUGUUAAGAUAAAGAAUCUUAUGGAACUAUGACCAAUAAUGGAUAAUAUUUAGUAUUUUGGGAUAAUAAAUCUAAAAAAUACUCAUCAUAUGAGAUAUUAUAUCAAUGA